GAACCGCACGACUUCCCCUAGGGCGGACGGCUUAGCUUGAACCGGGUGCUGCCGCCGCCGCCGCCGCCGGUUGGGAUUGUCUCUUGACAAUUUCCGAUCGCUCUUAUAUUCUUCCUCUUCUUCCUCUUCCGUUCCUUUCUUUUUCCUCUUUUGGAUCGGAACAACACCACUGUCAUGGAGCCAGCAACACCCCAACAUGGCGCUCUCAAGCCCUUUCCGGAGACUGCUUCCGCUCCGGUACACUUGAAGCCCAGGGUAGCAGCAUUGGAUGCGGUUGAGGACAUACUAUACGGUUCUAUCGCCGGCGUGGUGGGCAAAUACAUUGAAUACCCCUUUGACACGGUCAAGGUCCGGCUCCAAUCCCAGCCCGACCACCUGCCUCUCCAGUACAAAGGACCACUGGACUGCUUUCGCCAGUCCGUCCGCGCCGACGGCUUCCUCGGUCUGUACCGGGGCAUCAGCGCGCCGCUCGUCGGCGCAGCCCUCGAGAACAGCAGCCUCUUCUUCUGGGAGCGCCUCGGCCGCGCCGCCAUCUACGCCUCCGGCUACAGCCCGCGCGACCAGCCGCUGCCCCUGUCGGCCCUCUGGAUAACGGGCGCCUUCUCCGGCACCAUGACCUCGUUCGUCCUGACCCCCGUCGAGCUGGUCAAGUGCAAGAUCCAGGUGCCGCGCGAGGCGGACAACGGCAGUGGCAGUGGCAGUGGCAGUGGCAGUGGCGGCGGUGGAAGCGCGGCCAAGGCGGCCCCGCUCAGGCCGAUAUCGGUGAUCCGGGACAUUUGGCGACACCAGGGCCUGCGCGGGUUCUGGCACGGCCAGCUGGGCACGCUGAUCCGCGAGUCGGGCGGGUGCGCCGCCUGGUUCGGGUCCAAGGAGACGGUGACCAAGCUGAUGCGGGAGUGGAACGUGCGGGCGGCGCGGACCGAGGAGGAGCGGGCGAGGGCGCGGCAGGCGGACGCCCUGCCCCUGUGGCAGCAGGCCGUGGCGGGCGCCUCGGCCGGCAUGUCGUACAACUUCCUCUUCUUCCCCGCCGACACGGUCAAGUCGCGCAUGCAGACCACGCCGCUCGGCGGCAGCGCUGCGCAGCAGAGGACCUUUGCCGGCGAGGCGGCCGCGCUGUGGAAUCAGGCCGGCCUGAAGGGCUUCUAUCGCGGGUGCGGCAUUACCGUCCUGAGGUCGGUGCCGAGCUCAGCGUUCAUCUUUAUGGUCUAUGAUGGGUUGAAGAAGUAUCUACCCAUGCAAUAAUCAGCAGCGGUGUUGUGAAAGAAAGGGGGGGGGGUAAGUGAUGAUGUCGGUUUUCUUUUCAUUUUGGAAGGUCUCCCUCGCGGGGCGGUCUUUUAUAGAACGGUGGGUUA